AUGAUUAAAUAAUUGCUUGCUAUAGUGACAAUAGGAAUAAUUUCAAUUGCACCGUAUUUGGAUAACACCGAUAGAAAUUCUUGGUUUGAAGAUGAUACAUUUAUUGUAUCUGUCGAGGGAAAAAUCAAUAGAAUUAGGAGAUCUGAUCCAGAUUGGAAGCCUUAGUCAGAAUUUGAAUAAUACCACGAACAAAUUUAUUAAGAGUAAGAGAGAUAGAGAAAAGAAAAAAUGAAGGAACUUUUAGAAAGUACUGCAAAUGUAUGUACAAAUGGAAAAGAUCCAAGUCAAUUGAGCUUGUAAGACUAUAUUAACGAAUUCAUUGCAGGUCCAUGUCAACCUGUUAUCUUGGUACCUGGUAUUAUAGCAACAAUUUUACAAGUUAAAAUUGAUUGUGAAACAUUGUAGGCAAAAAGACCAGAUAUCUUCGAAAAUUGUGGUUGGUAAACAUGCAGCGCAUCUAAGUUUUGGUUGAAGAAACCGAAUGAAGAAUAUAGAUUAUGGAUGGGAUCAAUAAAUAGUCCAUUUACAAUUGCAAUGACAAAUAAGAAAAGUAAAUGUUUUGGUGAUUUUAUUGAACUAUAUUAUGAUAAAUCAAAGAAGGAUCCAAAGGAGAGAUAUUCAGCUGCACCAGGUAUAUCUAUAACUUGGUAUGGAAACACUCCUUUGAGUGCUGAUGCAGAAUGUGGAACCACAGCUAUCUAAGAACUUUCUACUGAUUCAAUCAUCAAAUCAUCUAUGUGUGACACUAAGGGAUAUCAUACAUUCUCUGACACUUUAAAAAAUAUGGGAUAUAUACCAGGUUUGACUAUGCAAGCUGCACCUUAUGAUUUUAGAAAAUCAAUUGUAGCUUCAGAAUCUCAAAAAUACAUCAAGAAAUCAAUUGAAACCUUCUAUAAGUUAACUGGCAAAACUACAUAUAUAUUCGGACAUUCCUUAGGAUCUUUGCAUGCCACGGAAGCAAUAUAUAAUAUGACACCAGAAGAAAAGUAAAAAGUGGCUGGUAUUGUUACUAUGGCUGGCCCACUCUUAGGGGCUACAAAAACAUUCAAGCCAUAAGUAGGAGGAGAUGAUAGUUACAUGUUUAAAGUUCUAUCUAUUGAUGCUGGCAUUAAUUGGUAUGCUCAAAGAAAGAUGUCACGUACUUCAUCUAGUGUUGUUGAUCUCUAUCCUAAAGAUACUUAUUUUAGAUUUAGAACAGAGACUUGGAUGCAACAAAUAUUAGAUAGAAUUAAAUGGGAUAAAGAAUUUCUAUCUACUGGCAAAAGACCUUCCAGACCUAACCCUUUGAAUUGGUUCCCUGAACCUGAUUAAAUUUGUGGUGCUGAUUUUGAAGAAAGAUCAAAUCAUUGUUAAUUAUUAAUGAGUGAUAUGAGUGAACACUUCUUAAGGGUUGUGGAUAAACUGUAUUAUUCGACUGAAGAAUCUAUGAUUGAGGCACUUUCAGAGAAUAUUAAUUCUGAUGCUCUUUAACAAUUAUUAGAGUACGUUUAAGAGACUAAAAGAGUCAAGGCUGAUAAUCUUGAACAUCCAGGAGUCCCCAUGGUAGUUAUUUAUGCAGCUAAUCAAUUGACUCCAGCCCAAUUCGAAUAUGAUAAACAACCUUAACCUAUUGUUGAUUCUUCUGAUGAUUUCUAUUUACCUGAUCAUAUUUAAAAAGCAUAUGGCGAUGCAACUGUUCUAGCUUCAUCAGCUAUGACACCAGCCAUCAAGUGGAUUUAUGAACACAAGAAUGGAUAAACUAAUAUUCCAACCAAAUUAGUUGAAUAUUGUUCAUAAUAUAGUGGCGAUGCUGUCUCAUCAAUUUAUGAUUCAACAGAUGAAUAGUAAUAGAAGUAAUUCACUGAAUCCGGCUAUUUGGGUCUAACAUGUUCUUGUAAGUAUGGAUAAACUGGAAUUGACAAUUGCAGUCAUGGUUGCAUUAUCUCAGAUGCAUUACUUAUAUAGUUUGCUUCUCAGGUUUUGACUACUAAUUGGAAAUCGACUAUUUCCCAAACAACUGCAACUGAAAUUGAACUUAAAGCUAUUAAGGAGGGAUGUACCAAUUUACAUUGA